CCCUCUCUGCUGCCUGAGUCUACCAUCUAAGGGAAAAUCGCCCUCAGCAGCAGGCAGGGUUGGUAGUAGUUUUCAGUCAUGAGGAAGGGAUGAGGGCUGGUAUGCUGAGUCCCUGAGCCAGGACCCUCCUGCUGCCUGGUUCUCCUAUAAAAGGACUUUGUAUUGUGUAAUAGGAACUUCGGGGCUCCCUUUUUUGCCCCUGAUGUCCAAGAUCAAAUGCUUGCUGGAGAAACUCAGAGGUGGACAUAAUCUCAAAGCUGAUUUUGAGCAGAGCCAGUGAGGAAGGGAUAAAAGGGAUGAAGUAUUUAUAAUGGCCUGCUGCUUUUCCAGGGCUCUGCCUGAUUCUGUCUUGACAUUCCUUUACCCAGAAUUGAAUCUCUGAAACCCAUCUGGCAAAAGUGUUCAGGAGGGUUUCCUUCCACCAUCUUCCUCUCUAAGGUGGAUCUUCUAUUGGGCAUCUUUUUCUCUUUAACCAGCAUAAAUUCAUAGCUCACAACUACUUGGUGUCCCCAGGACAGAUGGUUUGUCCUUAGUCUUCCUUCCUAUUGCCCUAAUCCUCCAGCAGAGCCAGUUAGGAAGGGAGGGAUGGGAUGAAGUGUUUAUAAUGACCUGCUCUAGGCCUGGGGCUCUGCCAAGAAUUUUAUCUGUAAUAUUCUGGCACUUUUUCCUCACCUGCAUCUUCCUAAUUCAGUGACUGUAUUAUCCCAAUUUUACAGAUGAGGAAAUAGAUUGAUUUAAGUGGCUUUUUCUGAGGCACCUACUUAGGAGUGCUUUGUGGCCAGAUGUAAAUGGAGACCUUCCUGGCUCUGAGCUCUCUCCCCAGUCCAUUCCCCUUCUAGCUGCCUCUACUUUGCAGGUAGUGUAAACCUAUGAACUUAAUCCAGCCUUCUCUAAAGGAAAUGCCCCAGAACCAAUAUUUAAAUCAACCUUCUACCCCCUUUUUUCCGCUCCCUAAAUGCUGAGGAAAUCCUCCUCCAGGGCUCCCGCAGGCCCUGCUUUCCCUUCUCUGUGAUUAAUCGGAUGAAUGGACUGGCUGAGAGACAGCAUUGGGCCCAAUAAGGAUUGCUGAGUUUCCCAGCAGAGGAUGCAGAAAACCAGGAGAGAAGAGUCCAUGAGGCUCAGAGAGGUGUUGGAGAGGGAGGAGAAUGGGCUUUUAGGUCCCCCAGAAAAAGUGAUCUCUUAUUUGGAGCAGAGGGAUGUCCCAUGGAUUCUGGAGCAAGAAAGUCUGAGGAUCUGGUACCCAGAAGGAGAAAUCAGACCUGACAUUAAGGCAAAUCCAACAGAGGUGAGCUUUCCUGUGGAAGAAAUGAACCUACAAAGGUCCAUUAGUGAUGGUCUUGAUAACUUUGCUUCCAGGGAAUUCUGUAUUGCAUCUCAAAAUUCAUCUCAUAUUGAACAUCAACGAAUGGAUCCUGAGGGAAAAUAUAGCGAAAAUAAUCAGUGUGGAAAGAGUUUUAUGCACAGGGCCAGUCUUUCUGGACAUCAGAAAAUCCACACUGAGAUUUUACCUUUUGAAUGCAAGCAAUGUGGAAAGACAUUCCGUUAUAGCUCUGGUCUUGCUUCACAUCAGAGAAUUCACACUGGGGAGAAACCUUAUAAAUGCAAGCAAUGUAGAAAAACAUUCAGUCAGAGCUCCAGUCUUGUUGUACAUCAGAGAAUCCACACUGGUGAGAAACCUCAUGAAUGCAAGCAAUGUGGAAAGACAUUCAGUCAGAACUCCCAUCUUGCUGUACAUCAGAAAAUUCACACUGGGGAGAAACCUCAUGAAUGCAAGCAAUGUGGAAAGACAUUCAGUACGAACUCCCAUCUUGCUGUACAUAACAGAAUCCACACUGGGGAAAAACCUUAUGAAUGCAAGCAAUGUGGAAAGACAUUCAGUCAGAGCUCCAGUCUUGUUGUACAUCAGAGAAUCCACACUGGGGAAAAACCUUAUGAAUGCAAGCAAUGCGGAAAGGCAUUCAGUAGGAACUCCCAUCUUGUUGUACAUCAGAGAAUCCACACUAGGAAUAACUCUCAUGAAUACAAGCAAAAUGGGAAGACAUUCUUUCAUACCUCCACUCUUUCUCGACGUCAGAGAAUCCACACUGGUUUGAAACCUUAUGAAUGCAAGCAAUGUGGAAAGACAUUCAGUCAGAGCUCCAGUCUUGUUUUUCAUCAGAGAAUCCACACUGGUUUGAAACCUCAAAAAUGCAAGCAAUGUGGAAAGACAUUCAGUCAGAACUCCCGUCUUGCUGUACAUCAGAGAAUCCACACUGGAGAGAAACCUUAUGAAUGCAAGCAAUGUGGAAAGACAUUCACUCGGAACUUUAGUCUUGUGACCCAUCAGAGAAUUCACACUGGGGAGAAACCUUAUAAAUGCAAGCAAUGUGGAAAGGCAUUCAAUCAACGCUCCAAUCUUGUAGUACAUCAGAGAAUCCACACUGGGGAGAAACCUUAUGAGUGCAGUCAAUGUGGAAAGCCAUUCACUCAGAACUCUAGUCUUGUGAACCAUCAGCGAAUUCACUGUGGCCAAACCUCAUGAAUGCAAGCAAUGUGGAAAGACAUUCAGUCAUAGCUCCCGUCUUUCUGAAUAUCAGAGUAUGCACACAGUGUAGAAACCUCAUAAAUGCAAGCAGUGUAAAAAGACAUUCAGUAGGAACUCGAGUCUUGUACAUCAGAGAAUCCACACUGGGGCGAAACCUUAUGAAUGUGCAAUGUGGAAAGACAUUCAGUAUAAGUUCCCUUCUUGCUGGACAUCAGAGAAUCCACACUGGGGAGAGACCUUAUGAAUGCAAGGAAUGUGGAAAGAUAUUCAGUUGGAACUCCCAUCUUGCUGUACUUCAGAAAACCUACUCUGGAUAGAACCAUAAAAAUAAAAGCUACGU